AUGGAUGUUCCAUCGUCUAACCAAUGCUGGUUGACUUGUGAGAGGCCUGAAGAUCUGGUAGUCAAGUAUGCGGAGUAUGCCCGUGGAGAUCCGGAGAAAGACAGGCGAAUUGUUCUUGACAAGAAUACACUGCCACGCAUUACCCAGGCGGACAAUCUGCAGGUCGUGCCGCGAGAAGAUCUGCUGGAGCAAUUCUUAUGCACACUGCAAGAGCAGGCCCGGUUAGCAGCAGAAGCCGAUGAACACCUCCUUAUUCUGAUCUUUGGCCAUGGCGACCCCAACUCCUAUGGAGUUUUCGUUGUGGGGAAUGGCAACUCCGAAAAAGCCCCGAUACUCUACAUGAACAACGUCAAAAGACUGCUGCCGAAGAACGCUUCUGUGACCCUAUUGAUGACCUCAUGUUUCUCUGGGGGUUGGCUGGUAUACCCUGAUCUCUCUGACAGUCGUAAAGAACUAGUUAAUACCACCGGUAACACCACGGCAGGUCCAACGAAGGAAACUCAGUCUUGGCCACUGAGCCGAAGCGUGGGGCGUGCAAGUGGCAGCAUCGCGGCGACUACAAUUCUGCAGUGCUUGAUCGACAUUGAGGAGGCAGCAGCAGAGGAACAGGAGGUCCGGAUACAUCCGACGUAUAUCCAGUUGGCCCACUCGAUCUUUGAGACCUUGGAGAAAAUCGAUCGUUUUGGUGAGGACCAAGAAAUUCACUUUGCGGCACAAGACGAUGAAUGGGAGACAGAAUAUCGGCGCCGUCUUGGACUCCCCCUUGCCUCUUACAAGGAUCGAUGGGAAUCUCUGCGGAAAAUCCCAGCAAUUGGCGGCCAAAGCUCCGGAGAAAGCACCACCUCCAGGACGGGACACCUGCGGAAACGUCGGCGAGUUAAGAUCCUUGCACGGGGGUACUUUGCUUCAUAUCCGGGCCUUGACGAGUGGGCUGCCAAUCUGUCGCUACACCAUAGAUUGAAGAAAAUCCUGGGAGGCUCGGACGACUUCGAUGCAAAAGAAAUAGACAGGUUAUAUAACUGCAUCACAUACCGACUCGGCGCAAUGCACGAGGCCGAUGAGAGCGAGAAGGUGCUUGCGCCGCCGGUUGGAGGUGGCUUGUACUACACGAAACCCUGGUAUUACCUUGGGAUCGCACUCGUGGAGACGGGAAUGGACUGGAGCAAGAUUCAGUCCAAGGUGGCCAUGGCAGCGUCAGAAAGAGCAGCAUGGUACCAGUCCGUUUACCGUGCGUGGCGGGGUAGACAGGUGGUGGAAGACAAGGAUGUCGUGAGCCAUAGAAAGGCCUUCAUGAAAGCCACGAAGGACUUAGACCGGAAGGUGAAAGAAAGAGGUGUUGAAGUAAUGGCAAAGGCUGGGCAAAUCCAGGCAAAAAUAAUCCUAUUUACGUCUCUUGUUUCUCACAAUGUCUGCAUUGGUUACAACAAGAUGUCUAUCCAAAUUGACAAGAAGAGCCAGUAUUCAGGGGGGAAAAAAAAUAGCGCACUCAGAUUGCUGCUAGCGGACUCCGAGGCCUGUACCUACGCGCGGGGUCGAAGCUCCUCCCUGUCGGGCCGUUUGAUCGGCAGACAAGCGCUGGGUUUCUUAUUUCCACGCACUUCGGCUGCCAGUGACUGCCAUCUUGGCCGUGCGAAUUGGGACAUUGCCGCUGGAGCGGGCCGUGGCAUUAAAGCUCGCCUGGUUGAGAUGAGCCCGCUAGCAAGACACACUGCCUUGGCAGGCAGAAGAACGGUUUUCAAUUGCUUGUCACGCUGCUCGCAGGUGCGAUUCCGCAGUACGACGAGCCAUUACUUCCAGACCGGGUCCGAUUUCGCACAAGUCCAGGCGUCGCGGCCCGACUUUGACCGCAAUGCGCCCGUCAAGUACACGAAGCCCCCGAAUCCCGAGUGGAAGGAGGGGGAUGGUGCCAACGACGGCGGUGCCAGUCUUAGCAAAGAGCACGUGGAGAUUGACCCGUACGAGGAGGGCAGGUCUGCCGGCUCCAACUACAAGCUGUUGAUCUCGGGAAUUGUGCCCCGGCCGAUUGCACUGAUUAGCACCCGAUCCCGCGACGGUCAGUCGGUCAACCUGGCGCCCUUCAGCUACUCGCAGGUCAUCAACCACGACCCUCCUCUGUUCGCCGUCGGCUUCGUGGGGUCCCUGGAGAAGGCGAAAGACACGUUGAAGAAUCUCACCGAGACCGGCGAGUGCGUCAUCAACAUCAUCUCGGAGCAUUUUGUCGAAGCGGCCAAUGCGACCUCGGUCAAUGCGCCGUACGGCGUCUCCGAAUGGAAGAUCGCAGGGCUGCACCAGGCUCCUUGUUCCACCGUCCAGGCCUCGCGCGUGAAAGAGUCGAUAUUUGCCGUCGAGGGCAAGCUCGUCGAGACCAAGGAGUUCGAGAGCCGCGUCAAAGCCGGCAAGAAGACGGGGGUUCUCGCGAUCAUCGAGGGGACUCGAUUCUGGGUCCGCGAAGACGCGAUCAACGAGGAGAAGAGUCUGGUGAACCUGGAUGUGCUGCGACCGAUCAGUCGUCUGGGAGGCGUGCAGUAUGGGCGCACGACCGAAGUCAUAGAAAUCCCCCGGCCCUCAUUCUGA